ACCUUCCUUCUCUUGUCCUUCUACUUCACACACAGAACCAACAUCAAACAGUCACACUCGUCCUCAUACCUAUCACCAAAUUAGGGUUUCGAAUCUCUUCCAAAUGGCUUCUUCAAUCCAAGGCUUAGUCCCGGCCUUUUUCGGACUCCGUUCUCGCGCUUCUUCGUAUUCUUCCUCUGCUACUAUUUUCCCGGAAAGUGGUCUGAAAAUUUUCAAAAUGGGGCGGAAAGUGGAGGAUUAUGGUGUUUGCAAGGCAAUGGUCCAGACGGUGCAAGGAGCUUCUGCUACUUACGCCAAGGAAAUGGAGAGACUCUCUGCUAAGGAGUCUCUACUUCUCGCUUUUAAAGAUUCUGGGGGAUUUGAAGCAGUAGUUUCUGGAAAGACUACAGAUCUGCAGCGAAUUGAUGUGAAUGAGAGGAUAAUUGGCCUUGAGCGGCUCAAUCCAACACCUCGGCCAACAACGUCACCCUUUUUGGAAGGUCGGUGGAAUUUUGAGUGGCUUGGAUCUGGAAGCCCUGGACUCAUUGCUGCUACAUUUGUGUUUCAGAGAUUUCCCUCGACACUAGCAAACUUGUCAAAAAUGGACUUGGUGAUCAAAGAUGGAUAUGGCAAAAUAACUGCAAUCAUGAGAUUGUUGAACUCGAUAGAAAGCAAAUUUGUUCUGUCUACCCAGUUCUCUGUUGAGGGGCCUCUUAGAAUGAAAGAGGAAUAUAUGGAAGGGGUUCUUGAAUUACCAACUGUUGAUGAAGAAACAAUACCUGAACAGUUAAGAGGUGCAUUUGGUCAGGCAGUUAGCACUGUGCAGCAGCUUCCUGUUUCUAUCAGGGAUGUCAUGGCCAGUGGGCUGAAAGUUCCUUUGAGUGGGACAUUCCAGAGACUAUUUAUAAUUUCUUAUCUUGAUGAUGAGAUUCUGAUAAUAAGAGAUAGUACUGGAGUGCCUGAAGUUCUUACAAGGUUGGAUGCUCCACCAUCUCCAUUAGCAGAAUCCAUGACUGAGUAUGAAAGUUAAGAAUUUGUUUUCUGAAAGUUUUUACAAGUUUUUUUUUUUUUUCAACAAUUAUAAUUACAAUGUAGAACCAAAGUAGAGUUCAUCAACUAUUCCAUCCCCCACCCCCACAAUAUUAUAAAAAGAAAAUCUUCAUUUUCUCUCUC